AUGUCUGCCACUGGAUCUGAUAAUUCAUCUCCAUCAGACGAUAGCAAUGACAGUCUGAACGAGUUGAAUGAAUUAUUCAAAUUUCGUUCACCAAAACCACCACCAACUGCACAGGAACGUCGUGUUUUGGAAGCUGCAACUUCCAUUUUACGAUAUUCAUGCGGUGUUAUGUGUAUAACGGGGCGGACACAAAUAGAAAUGGAUGCUGCAGAACUCCUCGUAGACGAACUUAUUCUGGUCUGUGUGGAAAAUCUAUUGAAAGAUGUUGAUGAUAUUGAUGUAGAUGGCUAUGUAAAAAUGGUGCCUGAUGGAAUGGAUUUAACGUUCAUCGGCCGUCUUCUUGGAUACAAUGUGACAUGGGAGAGUUAUUUGAAAAAUAUUACUGUUCUGGAUAUAUGGAGAGAGAGAUUAUCUCCUAAAGGUAUUAGCUAUUUAAGCGAAAUGGCUUUUUAUCGAGAACUUCUCAACAUACCAUCCGUUGAACCAUCGAAUGAUAUGCAUGCUGCUGAUCAUGAUCAUGGUGAAGCAGAGAAACAAUUUUCAUCAAAUAUACAUAACACAACCUUCAACGAAAAGUCAUUCAAUCUGAAUGCAUGUUCGGGAGAAAUUCUAUUCGACAAUGUGUGUACAUCAACUCCGAAAAGAUCUGUUGCUUGUGGAAACAGUUCAACCAAAACUCAUGUCACAACUACUCAGGAGUCAAUUUCCAUCGAUAAUGACAAGACAAGUAGUAUCACAUACAUAAGACCAUUGAUGGAUUGGAAUGAACUACGCAGAAAAGUAGUUGGUUUGAAUAAUUCAGAUGGAACGUCGUGUUUUAUUAAUGCAUCUUUACAGUGUUUUGCUAGUACACCUCCACUAAUCGAGUGGAUAUUCAAGCAAAAACAUCACUUAACUACAUGUCAAUUAUCAAAUCAAGGUAGUUUCUGCUCUAUCUGUCAAAUGUCAAGUGUGAUUUACAGCGUGUCUUCAUCAUCAAAACAAAAUAUUACUGACCAAGAUAUAUCUGUUGCUGCGUCGGCUGAUUGCAUUAGCAAAAAUCUCAAAGAAAUCUCACCUGCAUUUAUUACUCAAGAACAGGAAGAUGCCAAUCUUUUUAUCACGAGUUUUUUGGAUCAUUGUGUUGCUUGUUAUGCUUUGCACAUGUCAAUAUUAUCUCCAAUAAAAUCAGUGUUCAAUUUUAUCGAUCGAAUAUUUCGUAUUACGCUUCUAAAUACUGUCAAAUGUUCGUCAUGUUUGAAUGCCAGCAUAAAAGAAGAAUAUACGUAUACUCUCUCGGUCGAAAUUAAUAACAUGAAUAGUUUACCUGAUGCACUUCAACAUUUUUUUGAGCCAGAAAUUUUGACAGGUGAUAACUCAUAUCAUUAUGGUGUUUGUAAUACAUUUGUCCACGCUACUAAACGCUUUACCAUUCAAGAUUUACCACCAGCAUUGAUUAUUAAUUUGAAAAGAAGCGUUGGAUUUGGCUCUUCAAUACGAAAACACACGCAACAGGUGGCUUUUGAUGAAUUGCUAACCGUUCAUCCAUAUGUAACUGAUAAGCUACUCGAUUCGAACAAAGAAAACCAAAACCAUGGUGAAUCUAAUGAGUACUUAUAUCGAUUAUAUGCAGUUAUUAAUCAUAUUAGUAAAAACAAUGAUAACGGGCAUUACCAUGCAUAUCUUCGAACAUAUAAUGACAUUUGGUUCUUUGUUAAUGAUUCUCAAUGUCAACAAGUAUCAUUAGAACAAGUAUUAUAUAACAAAUAUGCUUCGAUAUUUUUUUACGGCAAGACACCUCGUGCGCCCACAAAUACGAAGCAUGUACCAACACCAAUACCACUACAAUGUUCUUCCAUCGAUAAUUCUCUCGUCGCUACUCCAAACAUUUCAAAUACUCCAAUUUUAGGAAGUGCACGACGUACUAAUGUUUGUUCAAUGAUGUCUCCUACAAGUAAACAAUUGAAAGAUUUCAUGCGCAUUGAUCUGAUAUUUUGUUUAGGUACUUUGGCUUUAUGUACUGACAAACCGAGCAUUGGAAUUACGUUGGGUACCAUUGACAAGAGUCCUCAUCAACAAUUAAAUAUUACUUCAAAUCUCGAUAUACCUGCCGGUUCCACUGAAAGCAGUAUCACAAUUGGUGAUCAAUGUCCAAAAAAAAAUAUCUUUAUUUCAUUUGAUUUAUCUUUUCUAAUUUGGUGCCUUUCAGGACCGAUAGCUGAUGUGCCAUCAUCUUCAGUCCAAACUUCUGCUUCAAGCAAAAGAACCCAUAUGUCGUUUACUGAUGAAUGGGAAUCGAUGAAUUCAGACACCAGUCGUAUAGUAGCUUCCGUAGCUGCAGGCGUACCAUUACAGGUAGUAUUUGAAUGUACGCUUCCUCGCACAUUUCAAGCUAAGUUGAGUUCGACAGCGCUGGUGAAUUUACUUCAAUAUCGACAACAGAUACUUAAUCAAGAACAUGAUGCAAAAAUGAGAAAAAUGGGUUUACUACCUGUGACAUCGAUUUCAUUAUCUCAAAAAAAGCAAUCAAAUAAUGGAUCAAACUCACCUUCGAAUAAAAGAACGAAACGUGUUCCGUCAACAGAAGGAUCCGAUCAACCACUAGCAAGAAAAGUUAAUAUUGAAUACCUGGAUAUAAUUUUACCAUAUUUAAAACGCUAUAAUCCGUAUUGUGGUUUAUGUGUCUGCACACGUAGAUUUGGAAACGAUCUUUCAAAUCCAACGCACUAUAUUAUCAAAUGUGUUCUUAAAUGUAAUGAUACAGAUUGCAAAUUUUCAUGCCGCGUAUUUGUUUUGAAUAAUGGUGAUCUUCAUGUUAGUACAUCUCACAAUACGGUUUGUCAUGACGUAAAGAGACGAGUAGCUCGUCCUAUUCGUGGCUUAAAACGAAAAGAACUGGCCGAAAAAUUCAGAAGUGGUGCUUUGGUUUAUCAGGUUCAUGGACAGUAUAGUGAAAAACGAACAACGCUUGAAAAGAUGGGAUUUAAUUAUGACAGUACUGGCAAAUCGAAGUUAAUUUUCAAGAAGAUCAAAGCCGAAGUAGUUGCCGAAUCUCUACUCUCUCCAAAUGUUACAUCAAGUAUUUUACAGUUACACGAUGAGUUUAUUCUAAAAGUCAAUCCCGAUGGUACACUUCGCGCAUCCAUUCGUUUGUACGACGCAAUUGUUGCUCACAAAGAUUCUGUUCUUUCAUGGGAUGCAACUGGAGGAGUCGUGAAGAACACCGGAUCCAAAGAAAUUUUAUAUUAUGAGUUGGCAAUUACUCAUUCCAAUAUUGUUGACGAAGACUCAUUAAUACCUUUGACAUUCAUGUUGUCGGAAUCUCAGUCAUUAUUCACAGUUACUCAAUGGCUAUUGUCCUUCAAAGAUAAUCAUAAACAGAUAUUUCCACAUAAAAAAGAUUCAUUUCCAAGACCUGCAAUAAUCUUGUCAGACCGUGCACAAGUCUUUUUACAAGCUGCAUUACGUGUAUUUAACGAUGAGAAUUAUCAACAGUUUCUUUCGCGAGCUUAUCGUAUCGUUACGAAAAAAGGUAUUCAGAGUGACUUCUUCAAAACAAACAUUCAUGCGUGUUUGGCACAUUUCAUGUUGGACAUGCGUAAACGAAUUAACAAGUAUUUACCGGACAUGAUACGUGAAUUUGCCAUGUGGUCAAUCGCGCUUCUUGUUAACAGCAAUACCUACGAACAAUUGAAAAAUAAUUGGCGUUUAAUUUGUCGAGUUUUUCUUAAUUAUACAACCAAUACUACCCCCUAUUUUGCCAAACAUUAUACGAUGCUUCUUUCGCGUAUUUCCGAAAUAACUAAUGAACCCAAUGCGUCGAAAGCGAUUACUCAAUCGAAAGAAGUUGUUACCGCUACCGAUGAUCCGUAUGAAUUUGACGAAGAGGAUUUCUUCAAUGACGACGAUGAAGGAGAUGAACUUCAAUCCGACGAGCACAUUAGAAAACGUCGAAAAAUUAAACAAUCGAGCACGUCACAGAUUAUUAACGUCGAAAAAGAAUUAAAUGAAAUCGACAGUCCAUUUAAACGUGAUCUAAGUGUCAUUUAUUAUGAAUGCUGUGAAGAAAGUAUCAAAAUGAUUGGUAAGCCGUCGUCUACCGAUAAGGUAUCAAAGGGAUCUCGCAUAUGGCUAUUGUUUAUUAAUCAACGAUGCAUGCCAACGGUUCCGAUUUGGUCCAACUUGUUGCUAGGAAAUUUAUCACGACAUGGUCGAGAAUCUGUUCAUGCAUUUGAUGCUUUACUUGUUUCUACACAUGACCAACGAACAAAUGCUAUUUCCGAACGACGUAUGGGGAUUGUGAAGAGAACUCAGCUCGGCGUUGAAACUCGUAUCAGAGCAGAUGUUGUUCUUCAGAUUCUUAUCAAAGAUAUGUUGAGAUUAGUAGAAAAUUUUUCUGUGUCUUUCAUGGCAAGUAUGUCUCAAACUACGAAUUCUCAAAACCGUACUCGAUUGCAACUGCGUGAUGUUCAAGAAAAUUGGAGGCAAUCUAGUCAUCGUGGUCAUGGCCAUUAUUGUAAAGCUCCAAAUGAAUCUGUCACGAAUAGUUUGAAAAAUGCCUUGAUAGUGCGUCCGGCGAAUGUUAAUGUCGGCCUCAUCAUACCUACUCUUGCUGUCGCCAGUUGGUUUAACGUAGGUAUUGCACUUCUACUAUCAAUCAAAGUAUUUCGUGAAACGCUUCCUGAUCCAGCGUCAAUAGUGUCACCACAUCUCAUCGAAAUCAUUGAUUUUGUUAAAAAUUGGAUGCGUUGUCUAAGACUGAUUAAGCCGCCGAAGAAAACAAGUCCAGAACAACAACAGCUAUUACGUACUCAAUUCGACUUACCUUAUAAUAUGCCAGAUGAUAUUGACCGACAAUUAGUUUAUAUUGUUGAUCAAAUUCUUGUUUCAUUGCUCAUUCCAUCAAUUCGAGUUAGAAUGAUUUACACUUGUACAUCUUGCAAAUUCGCAAUCGAGAAGAAAAACAUCAUUCGUUAUAUUUUGAUUCACACAAUGGACAAUCAAAUCGAUCUUCAUAAUCAUUUAUCAAAUUUUUUUGUCGGUGGUACUUCAGAUCGUAAAUGUGAUAAAUGUGGCUCAACGAUCUCACGACACAUGAAAAUCAUUGAUUGUCCAUCUGUCAUAGUUGUCAAAAUUGAUCAUGGCAAUGGAUCAAAGGAAACAUCCUGCAAAGUACCGGAAACAAUUUGUUUUAAUCGAUUUUUGGACAAAUCUAGCAUCGGUUGUACAUCAGCGACGGUUUUCGACGUAGUCGGUUUUGCAACUGUUGAUUCAAGUACAGAGAACAAACUGAUAUCCUUGACGAAAAUCAAAGAACGAUGGUGUGUGAGCCCUCAACAAAAGCUUAUAGGCAAUGGGCCAAUGUUUCUCAAGUUACUUGCUGCUAGUCGAAUCGUUAUACUUGAACGCAUCCGUACAUGUACUUCUAACUUUUUAUAUGCCGUUGCCCAAUGUUGUUCAAUCACGGUGAAUGUGAACGAUCGUACCAUCAAACCGUUUAAAACCUUACGUGACGCUAUCGAAAUUAUCGAGCAUGAUGAACAAUUCACCGAACUUCGUCAUCUUUUACUUUCAUCAUGUGUGACGUAUUAUGCUUGUAACAAAUAUCAUUCCUCAUCUAACCUGUUAUCAUCGACAUCUGAAGGCAUCUGCAUUUACGAACAAGAUUCUGACAGCAGUGAAAUUUAUGGUACACCACUAUUAACUUCAUAUGAUGAAAGUCUUCAGUGA